AUGAGCAUUUCUGAUACUGUUACGGCUACGUUCUCUUCAAAAGCGAGAUGCAAGCCAGUCAAGAGGAACAAGUUGGUCCCGCGUUGGUAUUGGGCAAUGGUCUCCGCUGAAUCGUUCUGCUCGACGUCUUUCGACUAUCUCAUCCUUGGUGGUGGAACAGCAGGGCUUGUCCUUGCUGCUCGUUUGUCAGAAGAUCCCGAUGUUGUAGUCGGUGUGCUUGAGGCCGGAGAGCAUAUCAAUGAGAUGCCAGAAAUUAGUGUACCAGGUAUGAUGGGACAAGCUCUGGGAAAUCCAAAGGUCGACUGGGCAUUUUCAACUGUGGAGCAACAGGCAGUCCUGAAUCGUAAAAUAUUUUCUCCUCGAGGGAAGGGAGUCGGGGGUACUUCUGCUAUUAACUUCUUAGUUUACCAAAGAGCGUCUGAGGAAGACUAUAAUGCGAUCGAGGCUCUUGGGAAUCCAUAUUGGAACUGGAAAGAUACUUUCCUCAAAUACCUCAUGAAAGUAGAAACCUACGUUCCGCCCACUGACCCGAAGAUCGCUAAAGAUCCACACAUCGGCUACACUACAGACUAUCAUGGCUCUAGUGGCCCAGUGAAAGCUUCCUUUUCAGCCUGGUUCAAUGAUCUGCAUGCUAAGUUCAUGGAUACACUAGUCAACAUGGGAGUCCCAAUCAAUCGAGACACUGGUAACGGGCGGAACAUCGGAGCGUCAGUUGGCCCCAUCUCUGUUGAUCCUUCAACCAUGACUCGCAGUCAUGCCGCGACUGCAUACUACACUCCAAACUCACACAGGACAAACCUUGUCCUGCUCACUGGUGCUCAUGUUACCAAGAUUUUAUUGGAUACCCCCUCUGGAGAGCCUGUUGUUGCAACUGGAGUGGAAUUCUUAAAGGAUUCACAAAAGUUCAGUGUCCGAGCUAAAGUUGAAAUAAUAUUAGCGGCUGGUGCUUUCCAAACCCCGCAAAUCCUGGAACUAUCUGGAAUAGGAAAGACCGAUAUCUUCCUGUCGGAGAAAACCUUCGUACGUACCAUCUGGUUUCUACAAAGUGCAGCUCCCAUCAAAUCUAACUCCGUUACAGAGGAUCAUCUUACUUUGCCUUUCAUACACGAAGUUCCCGAAGGUUCCGAGACGUUCGACAGUUUGCGUGACCCAGCUUUCUUGGAGCAACAAUCCACGUUAUACAAGAACGAAAGGAAGGGUCUACUGGCUGGUUCUAUCACUGCAUAUGGCUACCUGCCUUCAGAGAAACUUUUUGACUCGGAUGGCCUCACGGCUCUGCAGAAUCAAAUGCUCCAAGAUACAACGCUCACUGCAUCGCCAAGCUUGAGCAAACAGUCUGUGCUCAUCAAGAAAUGGUUUCCAGACCCCAAUCAAGCCCAAAUUGAGGUGUUGCAGUUUCCUUUUUUCCUUUCUUUUGGCCCGUUGCCGGAGCGUCGAGAAGGCAAAGUGUACCAUUCAAUAAUGAUCAUUGGUCUACACCCCCUUUCCCGUGGAUCUGUCCACAUCAGUUCCGCCGAUCCCUUGUUCCCUCCAAGCAUCGACCCUAGGUAUUUUUCUAAUCCAGCAGAUUUGGAGAUCAUGGUCAGUGCUGUAAAGUUUGUUCGGAAGCUGAUGCGAACGGAACCUUAUGCAUCUGCUGGCUGUAAAAUGUACGACCCUCCAGAAAAAUCGGCGGUCUCCAAUGAAGAUCUUUCGGACGAUGAGAUUCGAGAUUGGUGCAGGUCCCGAGUUAUCAGCAUCUUUCAUCCGAUAGGGACGGCAGCGAUGAUGCCAAAGGAAGAUGGCGGUGUGGUUGAUUCUUCAUUAAAGGUCUAUGGGACCAAGAAUUUAAGAGUGGCACGUAUUUUCUGUUUCCUGCCAGCCGUUGACGCAUCUGUUAUUCCCCUGGAAAUGUCGACACAUCCUCAAGCUGCCGUAUACGCUAUCGCUGAAAAAGCAAGCGACAUUAUCAAAACUGCGCGAGCUCGAUGA